CGGAAACACAGAUUGCUUAAAUAUAAAGAAUAAUUUGAUUGUCAGUUCAUUUAAUGACAUUCUCAAAUUCUCGUUCCUAGCGACCUCCUUUUUUUGUUCUGAGUCGAGCACACCUUUGUAGGUUUUAAUUUUACAUUACACGUGGAUUGUGUUCAUCAACAUGGCAGACGUUAACAAUGCAAGCUAUGCACCUACCAUUCUUAUGAAAAAGGAAAAGCUGAGACCUUCGCGUAACCUUUUAGCUGCCGUAGCUGGUCCGGUUCCUAAACAACCAGCUGUCGUAGCUGAACCAGAUGCCGUAGCUGGACCUGCCCUUCAGCAACUAGAUGUCGCCGCUGGGCCUGUUCAAACAGAUGCCAAGAUAGAAGACAAGGCCGUUGAAUUGACCCACCUUACGGUUGCGCGACCAAAAAAACUUAAAGCGAAAAAGCGCCCAUUAUUGGACCUUAUUUACGAAAACCAGUUGGAGUAUAAUAAAUUUAUAACAAAAAAGAUUCCCAAACUUUUAAAGAUGCUUGGGGUCUCUUCUGACUCAGAUUCAGAAUAAAAUUUAUUUUUGA